CACACUCAGGAGAAAGCAGAAGUCCCCAUCACUAGUCUCUCUCCAACAGAGAAGUCGAUGUUGGCGACUUCUGGAACCACUCAGCUGUUCAUCCUCGCUGACCACAGCUGCUCUCCUUGGUGAAGGAGAAAGCUGAAAAGAUGGCUGGCCUCUGCUGGACGGCAGUGAUUCUGGGAUUUUUCCUGUCUACUGAGAACAGUUUGGCUGCUGUGAACCCGGACCGGCUGGCAUCACUUGUGAAAGGAAUCUCAAAGGAGUAUGGAACAAACAGCAUGUUUAGCCUUGCUGUGCGGAUUCCCCUCACCCAGAACCAGAAUACCACAAACAUCCUUCAGCAAGUUUUUGAAAAUGAUCCUGGUCAUAAUGUGACAACUGAAAUCAACAAGGAUAAGGUGUACAUUGGCAGUAGGGUGGUUGGAGCCAGAGCUCUGAUACACCCCAACAGGGGAUAUUAUCAUGCAGAGUCACGUGUUAUCGACCACUUACACCACUUGUCGAACUGUCGGAACGAAUCUGAUUUAUUGCUUUUCUACAUAUAUGCCACCCCAUGUGUUCCAAAAUGUUCAAGAAACACACACCUUCAGAAUAUUCUCGGAAAGAUAAGUCUCAUUCAUCAAUGGACUAAUUAUGUCAUUGUGUUUUCAAAAAUAUCUAGUAACAAGAUUCAUCCAUCAAACCCCAAAGAAGCGUGGAAUAGAGCCCUGAAGCCCUUCAGGACAUACCAGGGUAUCCAAGGUCCGAUUGGUGUGUUAAACAUAUUUCGAUGUGAUGGAAUAGGUGCUGAAAUGCGGUGCAUCUGUUGCUUCUGUGGUGAUCAAAUAGCACCCUAUUGUGUUUCAAACAAUACAAAGCCUGGUGAGAGUGGAGAUCUUCAUUUAGGCAAAGGAGAUGGGUGGUUCAGAGGGAGGCAAGGAAAGGAAGAGGUGAGCGGUGAAGGCAGUGGUGAAAUAGUGUGGGGAGGAAAGGGAACUAUAAAAAAUCCUGAAGAAAAAGGCAGUGGGGAACGAGACAAGGGGGACCUAGGAAUUGAAGGAAAGGGUAGUGUAGAAAGAGGUGAAGGAGAACAAGUCAGUAAAGGAAAGGUCACCGGAGGAAAAGGAUGGGGAGAAAAGGGCAUCACAGGACAAGGCGGUGGAGGGAAGGGCACCACAGGACAAGGCAGAGGAGAUGAAGAAAGUCAAGGAAAUGGAAGUGGGGGACAAGUCAGUGGAGGAGAGGGCAUCCAAGGACAAGGUUGGGAAGUAAAGGUAAAGGAAGGAAAAGAAAGUGAAGGAAAUGGCACAGGAGGAAAGGGCACAGGAGGACAAGAUAGUGGAGGGAAGGGUAACAAAGAAAAAGGGAGUCGAGGGAAGGGCACUGGAGGUCAAGGCUGGGAAGUAAAGGUCAGUGAAGGAAAGGGCACCAAAGGACAAGGCAGGGGUGAUGAAGACAGUCAAGGAAAUGGCAGUGGAGGACAGGGCAGUGGAGGAAAGGGCACCACAGGACAAGGCAGUGGAGGCAAGGGUAGUGGAGGACAAGGCAGGGGAGAUGAAGACAGUCAAGGAAAGGGAAGUGGGGGACAAGGCAGUGGAGGAAAGGGCAUCCAAGGACAAGGUUGGGAAGUAAAGGUAAAGGAAGGAAAAGAAAGUGAAGGAAACGGCACAGGAGGAAAGGGCACAGGAGGACAAGGCAGUGGAGGCAGGGGUAGUGAUGGACAAGGCAGGGGUGAUGAAGACAGUCAAGGAAAUGGCAGUGGAGGAAAAGACAGUGGAGGAAAGGGAACAGAAGUAGAAGGUGAUGCAGGGAAGGACACCGGAGGAAAAGGCUGGGAAGGAAAGGGAACAGGAGGACAAGGUAGUGGACGAAAGGUCACCACCAAACAGGGCUGGGAAAUAAAGGUCAGUGGAGGAAAAGGCACAGGAGGAAAAGGCAGGGGAGAUGAAGACACCAUAGGACAUGGUGGUGGAGGGAAGGGCACUGGAGGACAAGGCUGGGGAGGAAAGGGAACCUUUGGUGAAGGUGGUAGAGGAGAUGGCACCGGAGGUGAAAGCUGGGGAGGAAAGGGCACCUUUGGUCAAGGCAGUGGAGGAGAGGGCACCGGAGGUGAAGGCUGGGAAGUAAAGGUCAGUGGAGGAAAAGGCACAGGAGGACAAGGAAGCGGAGGAAAUGGUACCAUAGAAAAAGGAAGUGGAGGGAAGGGAACCAUCGAAAAAGGGAGUGGAGGGAAGGGCACAGGAGGACAAAGCUGGGAAGGAAAGGGCACCACAGGACAAGAUGGUGGAGGGAAGGGCACUGGAGGACAAGGCUGGGGAGGAAAGGGCACCUUUGGUCAAGGUAGUAGAGGAGACGGCACCGGAGGUGAAAGCUGGGGAGGAAAAGGCACCUUUGGUCAAGGCAGUGGAGGAGAGGGCACUGGAAGUGAAGGCUGGGAAGUAAAGGUCAGUGGAGGAAAAGGCACAGGAGGACAAGGAAGCGGAGGAAAUGGUACCAUAGAAAAAGGAAGUGGAGGGAAGGGCACAGGAGGACAAAGCUGGGAAGUAAAGGUCAGUGGAGGAAAGGGAACUAAAGAAAAAGACAGUGGAGGAAAGGGAACUAAAGAAAAAAACAGUGGAGGAAAGGGCACCGGAGAUCAAGGCUGGGAAGGAAAGGGCACCACAGGACAAGAUGGUGGAGGGAAGGGCACUGGAGGACAAGGCUGGGGAGGAAAGGGCACCUUUGGUGAAGGUAGUAGAGGAGACGGCACCGGAGGUGAAAGCUGGGGAGGAAAGGGCACCUUUGGUCAAGGCAGUGGAGGAGAGGGCACCGGAGGUGAAGGCUGGGAAGUAAAGGUCAGUGGAGGAAAAGGCACAGGAGGACAAGGAAGCGGAGGAAAUGGUACCAUAGAAAAAGGAAGUGGAGGGAAGGGCACAGGAGGACAAAGCUGGGAAGUAAAAGUCAGUGGAGGAAAAGGCACAGGAGGACAAAGCUGGGAAGUAAAGGUCAGUGGAGGAAAGGGAACUAAAGAAAAAGACAGUGGAGGAAAGGGAACUAAAGAAAAAAACAGUGGAGGAAAGGGCACCGGAGAUCAAGGCUGGGAAGGAAAGGGAACCACAGGACAAGAUGGUGGAGGGAAGGGCACUGGAGGACAAGGCUGGGGAGGAAAGGGCACCUUUGGUGAAGGUAGUAGAGGAGACGGCACCGGAGGUGAAAGCUGGAAAGGAAAGGGCACCUUUGGUCAAGGCAGUGGAGGAGAGGGCACCGGAGGUGAAGGCUUGGAAGUAAAGGUCAGUGGAGGAAAAGGCACAGGAGGACAAGGAAGCGGAGGAAAUGGUACCAUAGAAAAAGGAAGUGGAGGGAAGGGAACCAUCGAAAAAGGGAGUGGAGGGAAGGGCACAGGAGGACAAAGCUGGGAAGUAAAAGUCAGUGGAGGAAAAGGCACAGGAGGACAAGGAAGCGGAGGAAAUGGUACCAUAGAAAAAGGAAGUGGAGGGAAGGGAACCAUCGAAAAAGGGAGUGGAGGGAAGGGCACAGGAGGACAAAGCUGGGAAGUAAAGGUCAGUGGAGGAAAGGGAACUAAAGAAAAAGACAGUGGAGGAAAGGGAACUAAAGAAAAAAACAGUGGAGGAAAGGGCACCGGAGAUCAAGGCUGGGAAGGAAAGGGCACCACAGGACAAGAUGGAGGAGGGAAGGGCACUGGAGGACAAGGCUGGGGAGGAAAGGGCACCUUUGGUCAAGGUAGUAGAGGAGACGGCACCGGAGGUCAAAGCUGGGGAGGAAAGGGCACCUUUGGUCAAGGCAGUGGAGGAGAGGGCACCGGAGGACAAGGCUGGGGAGGAAAGGGCACCACAGGACAAGAUGGUGGAGGGAAGGGCACUGGAGGACAAGGCUGGGGAGGAAAGGGCACCUUUGGUGAAGGUAGUAGAGGAGACGGCACCGGAGGUGAAAGCUGGGGAGGAAAGGGCACCUUUGGUCAAGGCAGUGGAGGAGAGGGCACCGGAGGUGAAGGCUGGGAAGUAAAGGUCAGUGGAGGAAAAGGCACAGGAGGACAAGGAAGCGGAGGAAAUGGUACCAUAGAAAAAGGAAGUGGAGGGAAGGGCACAGGAGGACAAAGCUGGGAAGUAAAAGUCAGUGGAGGAAAAGGCACAGGAGAACAAGGAAGCGGAGGAAAUGGUACCAUAGAAAAAGGAAGUGGAGGGAAGGGAACCAUCGAAAAAGGGAGUGGAGGGAAGGGCACAGGAGGACAAAGCUGGGAAGUAAAGGUCAGUGGAGGAAAGGGAACUAAAGAAAAAGACAGUGGAGGAAAGGGAACUAAAGAAAAAAACAGUGGAGGAAAGGGCACCGGAGAUCAAGGCUGGGAAGGAAAGGGAACCACAGGACAAGAUGGUGGAGGGAAGGGCACUGGAGGACAAGGCUGGGGAGGAAAGGGCACCUUUGGUGAAGGUAGUAGAGGAGACGGCACCGGAGGUGAAAGCUGGAAAGGAAAGGGCACCUUUGGUCAAGGCAGUGGAGGAGAGGGCACCGGAGGUGAAGGCUUGGAAGUAAAGGUCAGUGGAGGAAAAGGCACAGGAGGACAAGGAAGCGGAGGAAAUGGUACCAUAGAAAAAGGAAGUGGAGGGAAGGGAACCAUCGAAAAAGGGAGUGGAGGGAAGGGCACAGGAGGACAAAGCUGGGAAGGAAAGGGCACCUUUGGUCAAGGUAGUGGAGGAGACGGCACCGGAGGUCAAAGCUGGGGAGGAAAGGGCACCUUUGGUCAAGGCAGUGGAGGAGAAGGCACCGGAGGACAAGGCUGGGGAGGAAAGGGCACCACAGGACAAGAUGGUGGAGGGAAGGGCACUGGAGGACAAGGCUGGGGAGGAAAGGGCACCUUUGGUCAAGGCAGUGGAGGAGACGGCACCGGAGGUGAGAGCUGGGGAGGAAAGGGCACCUUUGGUCAAGGCAGUGGAGGAGAGGGCACCGGAGGUGAAGGCUUGGAAGUAAAGGUCAGUGGAGGAAAAGGCACAGGAGGACAAGGAAGCGGAGGAAAUGGUACCAUAGAAAAAGGAAGUGGAGGGAAGGGAACCAUCGAAAAAGGGAGUGGAGGGAAGGGCACAGGAGGACAAAGCUGGGAAGGAAAGGGCACCUUUGGUCAAGGUAGUGGAGGAGACGGCACCGGAGGUCAAAGCUGGGGAGGAAAGGGCACCUUUGGUCAAGGCAGUGGAGGAGAGGGCACCGGAGGACAAGGCUGGGGAGGAAAGGGCACCACAGGACAAGAUGGUGGAGGGAAGGGCACUGGAGGACAAGGCUGGGGAGGAAAGGGCACCUUUGGUCAAGGCAGUGGAGGAGAGGGCACCGGAGGACAAGGCUGGGGAGGAAAGGGCACCACAGGACAAGAUGGUGGAGGGAAGGGCACUGGAGGACAAGGCUGGGGAGGAAAGGGCACCUUUGGUCAAGGCAGUGGAGGAGACGGCACCGGAGGUGAGAGCUGGGGAGGAAAGGGCACCUUUGGUCAAGGCAGUGGAGGAGAGGGCACCGGAGGUGAAGGCUGGGAAGUAAAAGUCAGUGGAGGAAAAGGCACAGGAGGACAAGGAAGCGGAGGUGAAAGCUGGGGAGGAAAGGGCACCUUUGGUCAAGGCAGUGGAGGAGAGGGCACCGGAGGUGAAGGCUGGGAAGUAAAAGUCAGUGGAGGAAAAGGCACAGGAGGACAAGGAAGCGGAGGAAAUGGUACCAUAGAAAAAGGAAGUGGAGGGAAGGGAACCAUCGAAAAAGGGAGUGGAGGGAAGGGCACAGGAGGACAAAGCUGGGAAGUAAAGGUCAGUGGAGGAAAGGGAACUAAAGAAAAAGACAGUGGAGGAAAGGGAACUAAAGAAAAAAACAGUGGAGGAAAGGGCACCGGAGAUCAAGGCUGGGAAGGAAAGGGCACCACAGGACAAGAUGGAGGAGGGAAGGGCACUGGAGGACAAGGCUGGGGAGGAAAGGGCACCUUUGGUCAAGGUAGUAGAGGAGACGGCACCGGAGGUGAAAGCUGGGGAGGAAAGGGCACCUUUGGUCAAGGCAGUGGAGGAGAGGGCACCGGAGGUGAAGGCUGGGAAGUAAAGGUCAGUGGAGGAAAAGGCACAGGAGGACAAGGAAGCGGACGAAAUGGUACCAUAGAAAAAGGAAGUGGAGGGAAGGGAACCAUCGAAAAAGGGAGUGGAGGGAAGGGCACAGGAGGACAAAGCUGGGAAGGAGAGGUCAGUGGAGGAAAGGGAACUAAAGAAAAAGACAGUGGAGGAAAGGGAACUAAAGAAAAAAACAGUGGAGGAAAGGGCACCGGAGAUCAAGGCUGGGAAGGAAAGGGCACCACAGGACAAGAUGGUGGAGGGAAGGGCACUGGAGGACAAGGCUGGGGAGGAAAGGGCACCUUUGGUCAAGGUAGUAGAGGAGACGGCACCGGAGGUGAAAGCUGGGGAGGAAAGGGCACCUUUGGUCAAGGCAGUGGAGGAGAGGGCACCGGAGGUGAAGGCUUGGAAGUAAAGGUCAGUGGAGGAAAAGGCACAGGAGGACAAGGAAGCGGAGGAAAUGGUACCAUAGAAAAAGGAAGUGGAGGGAAGGGAACCAUCGAAAAAGGGAGUGGAGGGAAGGGCACAGGAGGACAAAGCUGGGAAGGAAAGGGCACCUUUGGUCAAGGUAGUGGAGGAGACGGCACCGGAGGUCAAAGCUGGGGAGGAAAGGGCACCUUUGGUCAAGGCAGUGGAGGAGAGGGCACCGGAGGACAAGGCUGGGGAGGAAAGGGCACCACAGGACAAGAUGGUGGAGGGAAGGGCACUGGAGGACAAGGCUGGGGAGGAAAGGGCACCUUUGGUCAAGGCAGUGGAGGAGACGGCACCGGAGGUGAAAGCUGGGGAGGAAAGGGCACCUUUGGUCAAGGCAGUGGAGGAGAGGGCACCGGAGGUGAAGGCUGGGAAGUAAAAGUCAGUGGAGGAAAAGGCACAGGAGGACAAGGAAGCGGAGGAAAUGGUACCAUAGAAAAAGGAAGUGGAGGGAAGGGAACCAUCGAAAAAGGGAGUGGAGGGAAGGGCACAGGAGGACAAAGCUGGGAAGUAAAGGUCAGUGGAGGAAAGGGAACUAAAGAAAAAGACAGUGGAGGAAAGGGAACUAAAGAAAAAAACAGUGGAGGAAAGGGCACCGGAGAUCAAGGCUGGGAAGGAAAGGGCACCACAGGACAAGAUGGUGGAGGGAAGGGCACUGGAGGACAAGGCUGGGGAGGAAAGGGCACCUUUGGUGAAGGUAGUAGAGGAGACGGCACCGGAGGUGAAAGCUGGGGAGGAAAGGGCACCUUUGGUCAAGGCAGUGGAGGAGAGGGCACCGGAGGUGAAGGCUGGGAAGUAAAGGUCAGUGGAGGAAAAGGCACAGGAGGACAAGGAAGCGGAGGAAAUGGUACCAUAGAAAAAGGAAGUGGAGGGAAGGGAACCAUCGAAAAAGGGAGUGGAGGGAAGGGCACAGGAGGACAAAGCUGGGAAGUAAAAGUCAGUGGAGGAAAAGGCACAGGAGGACAAGGAAGCGGAGGAAAUGGUACGAUAGAAAAAGGAAGUGGAGGGAAGGGAACCAUCGAAAAAGGGAGUGGAGGGAAGGGCACAGGAGGACAAAGCUGGGAAGGAAAGGUCAGUGGAGGAAAGGGAACUAAAGAAAAAGACAGUGGAGGAAAGGGAACUAAAGAAAAAAACAGUGGAGGAAAGGGCACCGGAGAUCAAGGCUGGGAAGGAAAGGGCACCACAGGACAAGAUGGUGGAGGGAAGGGCACUGGAGGACAAGGCUGGGGAGGAAAGGGCACCUUUGGUCAAGGUAGUAGAGGAGACGGCACCGGAGGUGAAAGCUGGGGAGGAAAGGGCACCUUUGGUCAAGGCAGUGGAGGAGAGGGCACCGGAGGUGAAGGCUGGGAAGUAAAGGUCAGUGGAGGAAAAGGCACAGGAGGACAAGGAAGCGGAGGAAAUGGUACCAUAGAAAAAGGAAGUGGAGGGAAGGGAACCAUCGAAAAAGGGAGUGGAGGGAAGGGCACAGGAGGACAAAGCUGGGAAGGAAAGGUCAGUGGAGGAAAGGGAACUAAAGAAAAAGACAGUGGAGGAAAGGGAACUAAAGAAAAAAACAGUGGAGGAAAGGGCACCGGAGAUCAAGGCUGGGAAGGAAAGGGAACCACAGGACAAGAUGGUGGAGGGAAGGGCACUGGAGGACAAGGCUGGGGAGGAAAGGGCACCUUUGGUCAAGGUAGUAGAGGAGACGGCACCGGAGGUGAAAGCUGGGGAGGAAAGGGCACCUUUGGUCAAGGCAGUGGAGGAGAGGGCACCGGAGGUGAAGGCUUGGAAGUAAAGGUCAGUGGAGGAAAAGGCACAGGAGGACAAGGAAGCGGAGGAAAUGGUACCAUAGAAAAAGGAAGUGGAGGGAAGGGAACCAUCGAAAAAGGGAGUGGAGGGAAGGGCACAGGAGGACAAAGCUGGGAAGGAAAGGGCACCUUUGGUCAAGGUAGUGGAGGAGACGGCACUGGAGGUCAAAGCUGGGGAGGAAAGGGCACCUUUGGUCAAGGCAGUGGAGGAGAGGGCACCGGAGGACAAGACUGGGGAGGAAAGGGCACCACAGGACAAGAUGGUGGAGGGAAGGGCACUGGAGGACAAGGCUGGGGAGGAAAGGGCACCUUUGGUCAAGGCAGUGGAGGAGACGGCAAAGGAGGUGAAAGCUGGGGAGGAAAGGGCACCUUUGGUCAAGGCAGUGGAGGAGAGGGCACCGGAGGUGAAGGCUGGGAAGUAAAAGUCAGUGGAGGAAAAGGCACAGGAGGACAAGGAAGCGGAGGAAAUGGUACCAUAGAAAAAGGAAGUGGAGGGAAGGGAACCAUCGAAAAAGGGAGGGGAGGGAAGGGCACAGGAGGACAAAGCUGGGAAGUAAAGGUCAGUGGAGGAAAGGGAACUAAAGAAAAAGACAGUGGAGGAAAGGGAACUAAAGAAAAAAACAGUGGAGGAAAGGGCAACGGAGAUCAAGGCUGGGAAGGAAAGGGCACCACAGGACAAGAUGGUGGAGGGAAGGGCACUGGAGGACAAGGCUGGGGAGGAAAGGGCACCUUUGGUGAAGGUAGUAGAGGAGACGGCACCGGAGGUGAAAGCUGGGGAGGAAAGGGCACCUUUGGUCAAGGCAGUGGAGGAGAGGGCACCGGAGGCGAAGGCUGGGAAGUAAAGGUCAGUGGAGGAAAAGGCACAGGAGGACAAGGAAGCGGAGGAAAUGGUACCAUAGAAAAAGGAAGUGGAGGGAAGGGAACCAUCGAAAAAGGGAGUGGAGGGAAGGGCACAGGAGGACAAAGCUGGGAAGGAAAGGGCACCUUUGGUCAAGGUAGUAGAGGAGACGGCACCGGAGGUGAAAGCUGGGGAGGAAAGGGCACCUUUGGUCAAGGCAGUGGAGGAGAGGGCACCGGAGGUGAAGGCUUGGAAGUAAAGGUCAGUGGAGGAAAAGGCACAGGAGGACAAGGAAGCGGAGGAAAUGGUACCAUAGAAAAAGGAAGUGGAGGGAAGGGAACCAUCGAAAAAGGGAGUGGAGGGAAGGGCACAGGAGGACAAAGCUGGGAAGGAAAGGGCACCUUUGGUCAAGGUAGUGGAGGAGACGGCACCGGAGGUCAAAGCUGGGGAGGAAAGGGCACCUUUGGUCAAGGCAGUGGAGGAGAGGGCACCGGAGGACAAGGCUGGGGAGGAAAGGGCACCACAGGACAAGAUGGUGGAGGGAAGGGCACUGGAGGACAAGGCUGGGGAGGAAAGGGCACCUUUGGUCAAGGCAGUGGAGGAGACGGCACCGGAGGUGAAAGCUGGGGAGGAAAGGGCACCUUUGGUCAAGGCAGUGGAGGAGAGGGCACCGGAGGUGAAGGCUGGGAAGUAAAAGUCAGUGGAGGAAAAGGCACAGGAGGACAAGGAAGCGGAGGAAAUGGUACCAUAGAAAAAGGAAGUGGAGGGAAGGGAACCAUCGAAAAAGGGAGUGGAGGGAAGGGCACAGGAGGACAAAGCUGGGAAGGAAAGGGCACCUUUGGUCAAGGUAGUGGAGGAGACGGCACCGGAGGUCAAAGCUGGGGAGGAAAGGGCACCUUUGGUCAAGGCAGUGGAGGAGAGGGCACCGGAGGACAAGGUUGGGGAGGAAAGGGCACCACAGGACAAGGCUGGGGAGGAAAGGGCCCUGGAGAUCAAGACUGGGAAGUGAAUAUCAGUGGAGGAAAAGGCACAGGAGGACAAGGCUGGGAAGGGAAGGGCACUGAAGGACAAGAUGGUGGAGGGAAGGGCACUGGAGGACAAGGCUGGGGAGGAAAGGGCACCUUUGGUCAAGGUAGUAGAGGAGACGGCACCGGAGGUGAAAGCUGGGGAGGAAAGGGCACCUUUGGUCAAGGCAGUGGAGGAGAGGGCACCGGAGGUGAAGGCUUGGAAGUAAAGGUCAGUGGAGGAAAAGGCACAGGAGGACAAGGAAGCGGAGGAAAUGGUACCAUAGAAAAAGGAAGUGGAGGGAAGGGAACCAUCGAAAAAGGGAGUGGAGGGAAGGGCACAGGAGGACAAAGCUGGGAAGGAAAGGGCACCUUUGGUCAAGGUAGUGGAGGAGACGGCACUGGAGGUCAAAGCUGGGGAGGAAAGGGCACCUUUGGUCAAGGCAGUGGAGGAGAGGGCACCGGAGGACAAGGCUGGGGAGGAAAGGGCACCACAGGACAAGAUGGUGGAGGGAAGGGCACUGGAGGACAAGGCUGGGGAGGAAAGGGCACCUUUGGUCAAGGCAGUGGAGGAGACGGCACCGGAGGUGAAAGCUGGGGAGGAAAGGGCACCUUUGGUCAAGGCAGUGGAGGAGAGGGCACCGGAGGUGAAGGCUGGGAAGUAAAAGUCAGUGGAGGAAAAGGCACAGGAGGACAAGGAAGCGGAGGAAAUGGUACCAUAGAAAAAGGAAGUGGAGGGAAGGGAACCAUCGAAAAAGGGAGUGGAGGGAAGGGCACAGGAGGACAAAGCUGGGAAGGAAAGGGCACCUUUGGUCAAGGUAGUGGAGGAGACGGCACCGGAGGUCAAAGCUGGGGAGGAAAGGGAACUAAAGGUCAAGGCAGUGGAGGAGAGGGCACCGGAGGACAAGGCUGGGGAGGAAAGGGCACCACAGGACAAGAUGGUGGAGGGAAGGGCGCUGGAGGACAAGGCUGGGGAGGAAAGGGCACCUUUGGUCAAGGCAGUGGAGGAGACGGCACCGGAGGUGAAAGCUGGGGAGGAAAGGGCACCUUUGGUCAAGGCAGUGGAGGAGAGGGCACCGGAGGUGAAGGCUGGGAAGUAAAAGUCAGUGGAGGAAAAGGCACAGGAGGACAAGGAAGCGGAGGAAAUGGUACCAUAGAAAAAGGAAGUGGAGGGAAGGGAACCAUCGAAAAAGGGAGUGGAGGGAAGGGCACAGGAGGACAAAGCUGGGAAGUAAAGGUCAGUGGAGGAAAGGGAACUAAAGAAAAAGACAGUGGAGGAAAGGGAACUAAAGAAAAAAACAGUGGAGGAAAGGGCACCGGAGAUCAAGGCUGGGAAGGAAAGGGCACCACAGGACAAGAUGGUGGAGGGAAGGGCACUGGAGGACAAGGCUGGGGAGGAAAGGGCACCUUUGGUGAAGGUAGUAGAGGAGACGGCACCGGAGGUGAAAGCUGGGGAGGAAAGGGCACCUUUGGUCAAGGCAGUGGAGGAGAGGGCACCGGAGGCGAAGGCUGGGAAGUAAAGGUCAGUGGAGGAAAAGGCACAGGAGGACAAGGAAGCGGAGGAAAUGGUACCAUAGAAAAAGGAAGUGGAGGGAAGGGCACAGGAGGACAAAGCUGGGAAGUAAAAGUCAGUGGAGGAAAAGGCACAGGAGGACAAGGAAGCGGAGGAAAUGGUACCAUAGAAAAAGGAAGUGGAGGGAAGGGAACCAUCGAAAAAGGGAGUGGAGGGAAGGGCACAGGAGGACAAAGCUGGGAAGGAAAGGUCAGUGGAGGAAAGGGAACUAAAGAAAAAGACAGUGGAGGAAAGGGAACUAAAGAAAAAAACAGUGGAGGAAAGGGCACCGGAGAUCAAGGCUGGGAAGGAAAGGGCACCACAGGACAAGAUGGUGGAGGGAAGGGCACUGGAGGACAAGGCUGGGGAGGAAAGGGCACCUUUGGUGAAGGUAGUAGAGGAGACGGCACCGGAGGUGAAAGCUGGGGAGGAAAGGGCACCUUUGGUCAAGGCAGUGGAGGAGAGGGCACCGGAGGCGAAGGCUGGGAAGUAAAGGUCAGUGGAGGAAAAGGCACAGGAGGACAAGGAAGCGGAGGAAAUGGUACCAUAGAAAAAGGAAGUGGAGGGAAGGGAACCAUCGAAAAAGGGAGUGGAGGGAAGGGCACAGGAGGACAAAGCUGGGAAGUAAAAGUCAGUGGAGGAAAAGGCACAGGAGGACAAGGAAGCGGAGGAAAUGGUACCAUAGAAAAAGGAAGUGGAGGGAAGGGAACCAUCGAAAAAGGGAGUGGAGGGAAGGGCACAGGAGGACAAAGCUGGGAAGUAAAGGUCAGUGGAGGAAAGGGAACUGAAGAAAAAGACAGUGGAGGAAAGGGAACUAAAGAAAAAGACAGUGGAGGAAAGGGAACUAAAGAAAAAAACAGUGGAGGAAAGGGCACCGGAGAUCAAGGCUGGGAAGGAAAGGGCACCACAGGACAAGAUGGUGGAGGGAAGGGCACUGGAGGACAAGGCUGGGGAGGAAAGGGCACCUUUGGUCAAGGUAGUAGAGGAGACGGCACCGAAGGUGAAAGCUGGGGAGGAAAGGGCACCUUUGGUCAAGGCAGUGGAGGAGAGGGCACUGGAGGUGAAGGCUGGGAAGUAAAGGUCAGUGGAGGAAAAGGCACAGGAGAACAAGGAAGCGGAGGAAAUGGUACCCUAGAAAAAGGAAGUGGAGGGAAGGGAACCAUCGAAAAAGGGAGUGGAGGGAAGGGCACAGGAGGACAAAGCUGGGAAGGAAAGGGCACCUUUGGUCAAGGGUGA